CAGUUCAUUAGUACGCCUCAUAUGGUGCUUUAUGGGAAAUGUUAGCUAGGUUAAUAACAUUGGCUUUCUCCAUCAUUAUAGAAGCGUCAAGCAUAGGAGAGAAGUCUUUCGCGGCCUGCAAAAACUAUGGACAGACGAUGUUGGAAUGCCACAACAUACUAUAUCCUUCAGAGAAGAUAAGAGUACCAAUAGAUUUGUUACUGUACCCGCAUAUGGUUUUAAUUGGAUUUAAAAAGGAUGCCCAUAAGAAACCGGCUUGGAAAUGUGGUGGAUCAUUGAUCAGUGAAAAAUGGGUACUAACAGCAGCACAUUGUAUAGAAGACCCCAUAGAAGGAACAGCAAGUAUCAUGAGAAUAGGUACUGCAACAUUCGAAUUCGACGAAGUUGAGGAACUAGCUCAAGAAAGAGAAAUAGACGAAAUCAUACCCCAUCCAGAAUAUAAACCCCCUUCGAAGUACCACGAUGUAGCAUUAAUGAAGAGUAAACCUGAAUUUAUACUAAGCAGGGAUAUUCGAAUAGCCUGCUUGAAUCUUGAUGAUAAUAUCCAUGAUAUGAAGUUGACAGCUAUAGGGUUUGGUAAAACAGGAUCAAUGGAUUCUUAUGGUAGCGAAACAUUAAUGAAAGUCGAUGUAGAUAUAAUCGAUUCAGAUGUCUGUAAUAGAUCGAUGAGCUAUUUGAUUAAAAGGAAGCUUAUAGCUCAGGGGAUAACGGAAAACCAGUUAUGUGCUGGUGAUUAUGAACAUGGGGGUAAGGACACUUGUCAAGGAGAUUCUGGAGGGCCGUUACAAGUUAUGCCAGAUAGCGUGGACUGUAUGCACACGUUUCCUUUGCAUAAGAUUGUCGGGGUGACGUCGUUUGGGAGGGACUGUGGAAGGAAGAUGGCACCCGGCGUCUACACCAGGGUGUCCAGGUAUAUUGACUGGAUUGAGAGCAUAGUGUGGCCAGAUUGUGAUAGUUUUUAGAGGGCUCCCCAUUGCUGCUCCAAGUCGAGCGUGAGCGCAUUCUGUUCCAAUCAACAUUUACGGGCGGGACACACUCAAGAGUGAGAU